AUGAGAGGGAUCCAGGCAGUAUUGGCGUCGAUACUGCUGGCCUCAUUUGCAGGUGGUCACUACACUGGCGACUCUGAGAUGUACGAACGCAUGGUCACAACUUUUGGAAAGGAGCAGUUCGAGUUGGCUAUCGCCAGUAUGUUUCACAUCGACUCCGACGUGGAUGGUAUCACAGGAAAGAUUGCAAGCAACCGAAGCGUGCGUGUAUUAGAGCUUCUUGAGAUAUUGCUUCCUAGUUUUGUUAAGAACUUGCUGGGAAGUCGCAAAAACGUUUGGAUGGAGACCAAUAAUCCACUAAAUUUUCUUAUUGAUAACUUUACUGUCAAUUUGGAGGACAAGGAAUUUGAAAUCGGUACAGGAAAAUAUGAUAAUAUAACCAUCAUACCAUCGUUUCUUAUUCUUGGUGAUGUGACUGUCCUGGUUCGAUUUGGAAUUGAUUUGGAGGCUGAAUCGUUUUCAGACCGUUUCAAGCUUCAAGAUCUAGGUAUUGCUGGUGUGUGGCGUUUGAAAGAUGUAGGAGGACUGACGUUUCACAUAAGAAAAGUUGGUGAUGAGUUCACAUUUAGGGGAGCACCUGAGUCUGGAUCACUGAAUGUUGGGAAAUUUGCUCAAGAUAUGGCUGCAAGCGUCCUUCCUUCUGGUGGAUUACAAGUUGUGCUGAAACGAGCCGGACUGGACAAAUUUUCUAUUGAGAAAGCUCAGUUUGUUGGCAUUUCAAACAACAAUGGCUUUGCAAUGGGAUUGUCAGGCAGUCCAACCAUCGAAGGAUGGGGGAGUUUUCGAUCACAUCUCAUACUGCAUCGAUAUAAGGAACAACCAUGGCAGAAGGCAGAAACUGUGUUAACAAUUGGAAUAAAUUUUCCUUCUUUCCGACUAUCAAGCUUGAUUCAAAAGAUAACAGCAAAUGAUAUCACUCACGUGCCGUUUUUUGGUUCACUGACUAUUCCAGAAAUAGGACUCGUCGUGUCUACUGGAAACGUUGAUCCAGACAUGGUACCAGGUGUUUUGGAUGGUAUUCUAGCGCAACUUAGACCGAUACACAAAGGUGUUGCAAUAAUCUUGGCCAUUCCACUUGUUGAAGACCGAGCGCCGGUUCAAUGUAUUAUUCAUCUUUCUAAAGACGACAUGAAAUUUUCUCUCAAUGAUCCUGGUGUUACUUUGACUUUAAAAAAUCUCAUAAAAGUUAUACUACCCAACUUUAAUGUAUCUCGAGUGCCCCUACCACCGGGUGUGUCUGGACUACUGAAUCUUCAGCUUUAUAGCUUCGAGUACGUUCAUAAAACAAAAACCAUUUCUGUAGAACUUCGGUUUGGUGAGAAACUUGUUCUGAUAGAGAACAUUGUUUCCAUUCUCAAUCCAACUCUGAACUUUGAGGUGAGUCUUUCAGAACCGCGUAAAACUACUGUUAAGGCGCACGGUAAGUGGCAACUCGGAACCGUAGAGUUUCCCAUCUCGUUGAAACCACAUCCGGUGUCCGAUAACUCUGAAGGGGAACCUGGCAAAACAAAAGGCUACCUCCUGACUGCCAAGUUUCCUGAAAUCAACAUUGGCAACAUAAUCAACAAGUUUUCGGUCACUUUUUUGCCAUCGAGUUUGCAAAGUAUUUUAGCAAGAGUUCAUCUCACAAACUUCUCUAUUCAAGAACCUUUCAUUUCUAUCCCAAUCGGAGUCGGUAGCUCAGAUUUCCGAAUGCAAUUCUCAGGUCGUCCUGUAAUUGGUUCAUGGUCAGGAGUCACUUUGAAUGCUAUUGUAAUCAGAACCAAUGGAGAAUAUUCUCUAGCCCUUGGAAUAGAAUUUAAGAAUGUGCAAUUUGCAUCACUGGUAGAGAAGCUGUCUGGAGUACAAGUCUCUUGGAUCUCCUUUCUCGACAGAUCGUUAAGCUGUGCGUUUGUUAUCUCACCGAAAUCGAUAGAAGGCGUUUCUCUACAAGGAGCACUGCUCGGUGAUGUUCCCGUAGAGAAAGGAUUGACCAUCGUAGCAUUCUUUCAAUUUCCUCAAAACUGUGAAGGCAAUCAGUUUUGCGAGUUUAUGAAAAACGCAAUCGGCGCCAACGCUACCAUGCGACUGAGGUCGACCAUAUCAUCUUUCUCCCAGUUUACCUUUGCAGCUGGAGUAGCAAACAUCAAACUAGGAGAUGGACUGACACUCAGCGAAGCAGGCAUCGAGUUCAAGAUCGGCUCGGAGAAUUCUAUAGGUCUGGUGGCUACCCUAAAACUCGUUGAACCGAAAUUAACUUUUAAGGGCGCUAUUCGACUAGGAACCGAAGGGCUCGUAAUGGAAAUGUCAAUGGAAGGGAUAUGGAAGAACGCCUUCGGGAUAGAAUGGUUAGCGUUUGGAAACGUCCAUAUCAAAGUUGCUAUAAAACCAGGCGUCGUUCCAGGACUCGCACUGGGCGGAGAGAUACAAAUUGGGAAGAUCGACAGCGGGAACGAGAUCGUUUGCAAAGCGCACGCCGGAUUCGAUCCCAUUAAUCCAGCAAACAACUACUUUUAUGGAUUUAUUAACAAGUUAACUAUCGGCGCCAUUCUGGCAGCGUUUGACAAAACGGCCACUCUUCCCCGCGCACUUCGAGAGAGUGGAUUUCCGACCGGACUAGAAGCGUCGUAUUCGCUCACGGAAAGAGAGGUUCCCGGCGUGACCAUACCGGCUGGGUUUCGUCUCAAGGGAUCAAUCAAUAUUGUUGGCUACACGCUGUCGUGUGAUAUCGCUAUCGACUUACCCAAGCUCAUCAAAAUUGACAUAAAGUCCAGCUCGUUGCGGCUCGCUAACGGUUUACUCACUAUGUCCCGUUCUGUUGAGGAGCUCGACAAGGGUCCGAUGUUCUAUGCUAAUAUCAAAUUCUUGCCUUCUCCGUCGGUCGAAUUGAAAGCUGCUGGGUACGUUAAUGUAGCCGACGUUUUGGGUUCUGGCGGAUACCUAGAGUUUUCCAGCUCCCAAUUUGAAGUAAGGCUGUACGGACGAUUUUUCUUGUUUGACGCCAGCUUGCGCGUUUACGCCAAUUACGGUUCACUCGCGAACGCGUCGUUUGCCGUGGCUGGCUCUCUCUCUACCGCUUGGAUGGCAAAAUUGGAGCAAGAAGUGAAGGAGACUAUUGACGCAGCGGGCCGCAAAGCCGACGCUUUGUUUCAAAACGCCAGCCAGGUGCUGAGUAAGACGAAAGCCGCACUAAAAGCAGCUGCAUCCGCUCUAAAGGAAAAGCAGUGUGACGUGGACAGUGCAAACGUACACUUCGACAAUGUCGUAAGAGAUCUAGAGAAGGCACAGGCGGAAGUAGACGAUCUCUGUCAUCUGAAAUCGUGCAAAGACGUGGAUUUAGGAUGUCCGUCUUGGGAGUCUUGUUGCACUGAAAUUUGGGGAUGCUGUAUCGGUUGUCCCGGAUGGAACAGCCAGUGUUUUACUUCACCCGAUCUCGUGUGCGAAGGAUUUAAUGUGGCAUGCAAAGCGACUCGAGGAGUGGUUUAUGUGGCUCUUGAGGUGGCCAAGAAAGUCGUAGAUAAUAGCCGUUGGACUCUAGAUGCAGCAAAAGCUGCGUUGUGGUUGGCCGAGAAAGUCGUCGAGAGCAGCCAAAUACCUCUUUCAGUGGCUCAAAAAUCUCUGGAUGGAAUACAGCUUACCUUUCAUGCUGCACUGGACGCGGUGAAAGUCAUUGCUAAAGUAGCGUUGGGAGGUCUAAUCAGUAUCGAGAAAAUUGAAUUUGACGUGCAAAUAGGACUAGUAAAGAGCGGUCACUUCAGGGGGACGAUUCGAAUUUCGUUUCUACGUCAGCCUGCUGUCGAUACGAAAUUCGAUUUGCGGCUGAAGAGCAUCAAGGACAUGGUACUCGAUCUGGCGGAUAGGAUCUUUCCGGGUAUAAGUGGCCGCGAACGCCAAGAAAUCGAGAAUCGUAUGCGUCGCUCGUUCCCUGACUUUAGUCCGCGUCACUACUUUAAGUACACUGAAAUUUACCGUCCGGGCUCGUAUCGUCCAAAACUACAAGGAAAUAGAUCGAGUGAAACUCUGCUGUCCUCCGAGAAAGGCUCGAAAACUGUUGGGUACCCAUACAAACUAAAGCGGUCUGCGACUGCGCACGAUGAGCGUGAUUUUUGCAUUAUUCGUGACCCAGACGAGUAUCGAAAUGCUUCCGAAAGUGAAGUGAAGUACGACGCGAUGUCGGGAAAUAUUAGCUUCGUCGACGUGGAGGAAGACGCGGGACGUUCAGCGGAGGACGUGAUCAACACAGCGAUGGAUCUAAAAAAUCAAUUCGUUUCGUCUAGAAACCACUAUCCUCGCAAAAACGAGAAACAGAAAGAAGGUCAAUCGCUUCCGACACUCGAAACGUGUCCACUAGCAGAUACUGUGGAGAAGACGUGUGCUAUGUCCUCUAGUUUGGCUCGUCUUCUGUACGAUAUUCCCAAAUCAGUUGAGAGUACGUACCAAGUGUGGAAAGAAUCGACGAGCAAGUCGGUGGCCAAUUAUCAGAGGUAUGACAAUGCGUCCAAGACUUUGCGAGAAAUGAAGUCAAACGUUCUCGAACACCGCGAGCACUUGAACAAUACGUUGGAGAAGUUGGGUGCGACAAGGAACAAGACCGGGCACAUCGUAGUGAGGAGCGCGACAGAUGAACAAAACGAUCGUUUGAAUGAUCGCCUAGAAGACGAAGAGGAGAAUAUUAGAGCAGUCGAUGUCGUUGUUGAAGGCAUGGAGACAAUUCAAGAGACUGCUAAGAAACAUUUGAUUGAACAGAAUGCUAGAACGAUGAAUGUGUUGAGAGAGGUCGUAGAGAACAGGGUGAAAUCAGAGACGGGUAAAACUCUUGACGAUUACCUCAAUGCCUUGUUCCAUUGUCUUGAGCUUCCAUACAAAGACGAGAAUUACAUCCUUGAUGCUAAGAAGCAACUCGAUAUUCUUGCUCGUCUGAAAAAGAACUUUUCUCUAAUUUUCGCUCAUACACUGAUGCACGCAAAGGUUGUGGCAGACGAAAUCAACGACGAUUUGAAUGUAUUGUUUUUCUGCCGCUAACUACAGACGUCAAGUUCUCAAACAGUGUUUGUUGCUCGAUCGUAGUGUUAGUUUGCCUUCUUGUUUGCAGUGUUCGUGUCUUGAAAGAGAGAAACAGAAUUGUGAUGACUCUUAUCUGCCAGAAAUGGCAAGUAAACUGUGUUAGCUACCGUAGAAUGAUGUCAAUGACGGCUGUACAACAA